GAGCAGUGGAGGACAGCGCAGAAGACGCAUAGGGCUCUUGGUCUGAGCCACGAGGAUUUGAAGAUGUCUGCGUGCAGUGACUUUGUGGAACACGUUUGGAAGCCCGGCUCCUGCAAAAACUGCUUCAAUCCAAAGAGCUCCCAUCGGCUGCAAACACCCCCAGACGUGGGAGCUUGCGGCGUGCUCCCGAAUGGAGUUAGGACCAAGCCUGAUAGCACCACGUUGGAAGACGAAGGUGUAAAUACUUCUCCAUUCUCAAAGCCGACAAUUGCUGUGAAGCCAACGAUGAUAAACUCGGAUGUUUCUGACGCGUGGGCGGAUGUGAAUAUGAAUGCAGAUCUGUCACAGGUCAGCUGGGGCAUGGUUUCUGGCAAACCCCUCCUUCUGAAAUCAGGAGACGCGCAGCGGCUCUGCCUCGACAAUUUUGGCAACGGUGGCAUGAGAAAGCCUUUCCUUCACAACUCACCGAGCGACUGCUUGUCUUGCUGUCCUCCUAGCUACUCCAUGGUGGGCUUGCACAGCCUGGAGAGCCGAGCGGAGAAAAACAUCUCCAUCCACAGCCUGGUGCUUGUGGGUGAGGUGGGCAAGCAUGAAGACAGGGCCAAAGACAAGUUUGCCUUGCCACACCGGGCCCCCUGCCCUAAUCCAUCUGUCUUGGGGGACAGAAGCACCGCCAGCUCCAGCAGAAACCCUUCUUCCCAAGCCAGAGAAGGAGCAGCGCUCCCCUCGGAGGGCGACUGCGGUCACCUCUCCUCCAGUUUCGAAAGUGAAGGGGGAGAGUACUGUUCGAUCACGGACAGCCGCCGAGAGCACCUGCGUUGCGCGGAGGGGAAGGGUGCCCGGUGCGAGAAGGAGAGCCCCACUCCCUGUGGAUGGAGGCAGCGGGGCAGGCCAAGUGGCAGGGUGGUGAAAUUCGGUGAAGAGGAGCGCAGAGCUGUGAAUGUGGCCUUCUGCAUCACGAAAGACCAAGGUGAACCUCCCCCCUAUGCCCUGUGUUCAGAGAAGAGCACAGGCUGCAGCAAGGUGGCUGCCUUUGCUUUAUCCCGGGAGGAUGAGGACUCGCCUCUCCCUGGGGAGCCUUCUGUCACCGGAGGACCCCGGCCUGAAGGUUCAAGCCCUCCUCAGCAGGCUCUGGUGGAACCGCAGUGCCCUCGCCUUGCCUCGCCAGCCCGUGGCGAUCCCAUCUACGCCGAGAGCACCAAGAGAAAGAAGGUGCAGCUGAAGGCUGGCGGCGGACAAGUAAAAGCAGAGAAGCUGGCCCAUGGCACUGGGAAGGAGCAAGGUGAUGGGACGUGGAGGGAUGGCAGCUGGGCUUUGGGCGGUGAGAAGGAAUACCAGGACUCCACCGGGCAGGUGGCGGCGAAGAUAACUAUCAUGACCGCACACACUGAGGAUGAUCACAAGACGAUAUUCCUCAGCAGCCCUGACUCGGCGGUAGGAGUUCAGUGGCCAUGUAUCAGCCCCACUUCACACCAUGAUUUUGGGACUUCAUCACCUGCCAUUGAGCCUGGAGAGAUUUUCCAAGCAUCUGGAAGUGACAACAGCCCAAGAUUUCAUCUGGCAGCUCCUGCCAAGACCUCAGUUACUGAGAGUCCAGCCAUUCCCCCAAAGAUGUCCAAGAACAGCCAACUGGGCAGCGAGGGGAGCCGUGUGCCCCUAGUAAGCUCCCAUGGGGCAAGGUUUGGUGAUGAGAACAGUCACGAUGGAGCUGGGGUUCAGCUGCUGCCAAGGAGCUGUAUGGAUGCAGGUGCCUUUGGGGCAUCCCCUUCUCCAUGUACUCAUGUCAAUGGGGUCUCUGCAGAGGAGUCCAGCAGAGGCCUGGCAGGCUUGUCCUAUGACAGGAGGCAGAAAUACUACACCCCAACGUGGACCAAGCAGUGCAGGAUAGAGGAGGAGGAGGAGGAGGAAGAGCAGGAGGAGGAGCAGGAGCUCUUAACCCACCCAUGGGCAGCAGGAGAUGAGAAUGGAAGAGCUGGUGCUGACCCUGUGGAUGAUGGCCCAAUGCUGGAGAGCCGGACUGGGAUCAGCAAAUCAUCGUCUUUCUCCUUUGAUUUCCCUAAAGACAAGAGCAAUGGCAUGGAGUUUGCACCACCACCACCACCACCUCCGAAAAAGCAGCACGCCCUGAAAAUGAACCCGAAUAACGCUGAGUUGGAGAGGGUCAGCAACAGCUCUGCUGAGAGCCUCAGCCCACCUUUCAGGAGCGUCCACGUCACCUUCACAGCCGGCUCCACUGACAGCCUCGACUCGGACACACAGACUGGCAGCGAUGGCAGGCGCUCGUCUGAGCCGAACCACUCGCCCCCUCCAGCUGAGAGCCGAGUGUUUCCUCCCGUCCCUUUCCUUCCUGCCUCCGGUGAGGAUGGUCCCUCCUCUGCCCCCAGCUGCCCACCCCCUCUGCCUCAGAAGAAGACAGUGAGCAGAACGGUGUCCUCCCCGGAUGGCUUUUUUGGGGGACAAGCGUUUUCAGGCAGAGCAGCCGAUACUGCCAGCCCUCGGCUGAAUGUCAGCCACUCUGAGAGCAAUGUCUGCCUGCGAGAGGAGCCUCCCUUCGUCCACCCAGCCAACUUAGGUGGCCGCCCUGGCACGUUCUCCUCCUCUGAGUCUUUGGAGAAAGGCUCCAAAGGAAAUGGCUACUGGGGCUCAGCCACUGGCAAGAGCACAGGGGCUUGCAUCCCCAGCAGAAACCCCCAGUCCCUUUCCUCCUCCCAGCUCAGCGUGUCCAGCCAGGUGUCAUCAGGCUCCAGCCUGCAGCUCCACAACCUCCUGAGCAACAUUGACAGCAAGGAGGGGGUGUACGCCAAGCUGGGGGCCCUCUACGCGGAAUCCUUGCGCCGUCUGGUUGCCAAGUGUGAGGACUGCUUCAUGCGGGAACAAAAGAACGAGCUGCACUUCAGCGAGAACAACUGGUCGCUCUUCAAGCUGACGUGCAACAAGCCCUGCUGCGAUUCGGGCGAUGCAAUCUAUUACUGUGCCACCUGCUCCAAAGACCCUUCGACCACCUACGCUGUGAAGAUUUGUAAAAUUCAGGAGUCCAAGGUGGCUGCUUCAUACUGCAGCCCUGCAGUGCCGGUCCACUUCAACAUCCAGCAGGACUGUGGGCAUUUUGUGGCUUCUGUUCCCUCCAGCAUGCUGCUGGCCUCCUAUGUGGGGAAAAACAUGCCUGGGGAUGGCCUCCAUCCCUCUCGCACCACCAGUGAGCACGACUGCGUGGUGGUCAUUACCCGGGAGGUGCCGAGCCAGACCACUGCCGACUUUGUGAGGGACUCGGUGACAUUGCACCAAGCCAAGCCUGAGCUGUACGAACGUCGUGUUUGCUUCUUGCUCCUCCAGCUCUGCAAUGGCCUGGAACAUCUCAAAGAGCACGGCAUCAUCCAUCGUGACCUGUGCCUGGAGAACCUCCUGCUUGUCCCCUGCAAGCCCCCCAUGAGCUGUGUGAAAGCCAAAGAUGACAAACACCUACCCCGCCUCAUCAUCAGCAAUUUUUUGAAAGCCAAACAGAAGCCAGGAACUGGAGACUCCAAACUGAAGAAGAGUCAGGCCCGACUGGCCCCGGAGAUUGUGUCAGCUUCUCAGUACAAGAAGUUUGACGAGUUUCAGACUGGCAUUCUCAUCUAUGAGCUGCUGCACCAGCCCAACCCCUUCGAGGAGAAGGUGCACCUCAGGGAGCAGGAGUACAGCCCUGAGGACCUCCCUGCUCUGCCCAGCCUCUCCAUCUAUUCCCGGGGGCUCCAGCAGCUUGCCCACCUGCUACUGGAAGCGGAUCCCAUCAAGCGUGUGCGGAUCACCGAGGCCAAGCGGAUGCUGCAGUGUCUGCUCUGGGGGCCGCGGAAGGACCUCACCGAGCAGCCCCUCAGCCACGAGGAAGCCCUGCGCCGGGUGCUCCAGAACUGGGUGGACAUGAAGCGUGCCCUGCUCAUGAUGAAGUUCGCGGAGAGGGCUGUGGACACGGAGCGGAGCAUCGAACUGGAGGACUGGCUGUGCUGCCAGUACUUAGCGUCUGCUGAGCCGGCCUCACUCUCGCACACGUUAAAACUGCUGCAGCUGCUUUGACGUUGGAUGUGUCUUGGAGGGCUCCUGGUUGCCUUGCGGCAAAAGGUACACAGCUCCUUUACAUGCAAGAGGCUUGAAUCUCAGCUCCUGCCCUGCACUUUGAUCAGAGUGCACGAGACGUGUUUAGUACUCUCAGCACUGUUAAUUUGCAAGCAGGCAAAACUGGGAACCUACCCCUAUUUUGGGGGAUUUUUUUUUUUUUGGUAUGGUAGGUCUGUGGACUAAUAAACUCCUGCCUGUGUGUGUGCACGUUUCU